CCCCUCUUCAUUCCAUCUUCUUCUGCUUCUCCCCUGCAAUCACUUCGACACAAAAAAAUAAAAAUAAAAAAAUGGCGAAAUUGAAUUGCAUAAGCCGUGCAACAUCUCUAAUCUUUUCAAUUCACACAAAACCACUUUCAAAUCCCUUCAAAUCACACUCUUUUCUUUCAUAUUCCACCACCAAAACCCCAUUCCCACUUCAAUACGACAUGAUUAUCACACGCCCACCACCACAACAACCGCAUCACCACCGUAAACCACCGCCAAAUGCCAAACCCCAGAACGAUUCCCAUCUGGGUUUUGAAGACUGGGUCGAUAUGAAGCUGCAAAAUCAAGAUCAAGAAAAACCCAUGUCGGAAAUUAUGGAUAAAAGUAAACGAAAGUAUUACAAUAAGCGCGAAAAGAGAAUGUAUGGUUCGGACUCCGAAUUCGAUAAUGGUAAGAAAGUAGAUGAUGGUAAUAAGUUUGUUGAAUUGAAACAAGAAGUUGUAAAGUUAAAAACUUUGCAUAAAAGAGAAGAAGAGUUGUAUUUUUAUGAUGCAUUUGCUUAUCCAUGGGAAAAAGAUAAACAUUAUAAGAUGGUUUAUCAAUUGGAGAAGAAGUUUUUUCCUGAUCAUUGUUUUGAUAAGGCGUUUCUUGAACCAGGUCAAACGAAUGUGAACGAGAACCAGAGUGCGGAAAAGGGCGGUGGAAAGAAGAAAGAUGAGAAAAGUUUGGUGUUUUUUGAGGAAAAGGAGAGUGAUGAAGAAGAAAAAGAUGUGAAAUUGGAUGUGACUGAGAAGAAAGUUGAGGAAUUUUUUAAGUGUUUGAAGAAAGUUCCGGGGAGUGAAGUUGAUGAGACGUUGCCGUUCGUUUCAGGGAGGAGUUCCGGGCUUCCUCUUAAAUGGGAUGGUCCAACUGGUGCUGUUCUUUUGGUUAACAAACCUAAAGGAUGGACUUCAUUUACGGUUUGUGGAAAGUUGCGUCGCCUGGUCAAUGUAAAAAAGGUAGGGCAUGCAGGGACACUAGAUCCAAUGGCAACUGGUUUGCUUAUCGUAUGUAUUGGCAAAGCAACAAAGUUGGUUGAUCGAUUUCAGGGUAUGGUUAAAGGCUAUAGUGGAGUCCUUCGUUUAGGGGAAGCUACCUCAACCCUUGAUGCUGACUCACCGGUAAUACAACGUGAACAAUGGGAGCACAUCAAAGAUGAUGUAAUAAAGAAAACCGCUGCAUCAUUUUGUGGGGAAAUAUGGCAAGUCCCCCCAAUGUUCUCUGCCAUAAAAGUUGGUGGCGAAAGGCUAUAUGAGAAGGCAAGAAGAGGAGAAAGUAUUGAACUUUCACCAAGACGGAUAUCAAUCUUCCAAUUUGAUGUUGAGCGAAGUCUUGAAGACAGACAAAAUGUGAUUUUCAGAGUGACAUGCUCAAAAGGGACAUAUAUCCGAUCCCUUUGUGCUGAUUUUGCCAAGGCUCUCAACAGUUGUGCUCAUAUGACAGCUCUUCGAAGAGAUUCCAUUGGUGAAUACUCGGUGGAUGAUGCUUGGGAUUUCAAGGAGUUGGAAGAAGAAAUUCCCAAAAGCUAUUUGUAGAAUUGUAGAUUCACAUAUCGAGAUACAUUUAGGCUAUAGAUUUACGUAGUGAUUGAAUCCCGGCCUAGCUAUGCCAUGUCUAUGUUCAUGUCUCUAGUGGCGCUCGGUAAAUGUUGGGAAGGAUAUAGGCAAAUGAAGUUGAGAGGACAUUCAUUCAGAUUCAGGUAAUGUAAAAUCAGGGUUUCUCUGUAAUAUUGUUUUUGUAAGUUACCAGUAUAAUCGAUGAGUUUAUGGAUGUCCGAGUGUAUUUGUAUAA